CCUCGCGCUUAUCCGCCCUGCGCAGGCGCAGCCCUCCGCCCCAGGACACGUGCGGAAGCAGCAAUGGCGGACCCUCAGCUGCAGCUGGUGGCACGGCGCAUCCGCAGCUUCCCCGACUUCCCGAUCCCGGGCGUGCUGUUUAGGGACAUUAGUCCCCUCCUGAAGGACCCGGACUCCUUCCGCGCUUCCAUCAGCCUCCUGACCAAACACCUGAAGAAGACCCACGGGGGCAAGAUCGACUACAUUGUAGGCCUGGACUCCCGGGGCUUUCUGUUUGGCCCCUCCCUGGCCCAGGAACUUGGCUUGGGCUGCGUGCUCAUCCGAAAGCGAGGAAAGCUGCCUGGCCCCACAGUGUCCGCCUCCUACACACUGGAAUAUGGGAAGGCUGACCUGGAAAUCCAGAAAGACGCCCUGGAACCAGGGCAGAAGGUGGUAGUCGUGGAUGAUCUGCUGGCCACUGGCGGAACCAUGUGUGCAGCCUGUGAGCUGCUGGGCCAGCUGCGGGCUGAGGUGUUGGAGUGUGUGAGCUUGGUGGAGCUGACGUCACUGAAGGGCAGGGAGAAGCUAGGGGCUGUGCCCUUUUUCUCCCUCCUGCAGUAUGAGUGACUCAAUACCCUGCCCACGCCAACUAGGAAAAGAAGAGGUCCGGCCUCCACUGCCUGCCAGCAGGCACCCACAGCCCACCUGGACUUCAUCUAGCACCCAGGGACCUUCCUGUGGGUUCUGGAAGUACAAAGGCCUGGAGCCCGUAGCCCAGAGCAAAGCCAAGCCCAGGCUGCUCAGGUUCAUUUACGGUGAAAUAAGAACAUGUAUGACCAACUUUACUAGAGUGGUGUUCUUCAGUGCCCAGGAUGGGAUGUGGGCCUCAGGACUGGGAGGGGUGCAGGGACCCUGUGGCUGGCCUGAGUAUGCAUGUGCAUGCUUUCAGAGCAUUUACAGCAAUUUACGGUUCUCACCUCUAGUAGGGGAGCAGGCUAAUGUAGGAAGCAGGUGCUGCUCAAAUUGGCUUGGUUGCCCAUUGCUGCAUCAGAAGAUGCAAAUUCAGUGGCUUAAAACUUUAGAAGUCCUUUGUAUAAAAUGGCAUAUUAUUUAUGCCUCAGCCAGUA